UCUGCAACCUGGUGUUUUUUGUCGAAGUUUCCAGUGGGAGCUGCACGCCAACCUACCUAGCUUGUUUCUGCCUAUGGCCUGAGUGGGUCCUAAAGGUGUGCAUCGGCACUGUUGUGAACAAUGGCCCCCUUCUUGCGGAUAUCUUUCAACUCAUUCGAGCUGGGACCCGUGCAGAAUCAAGGGGAACAACUACAGCCUUUCUGCGCUAUCAAGAUGAAGGAGGCAUUGACUACAGAGAGAGGAAAAACUCUGGUUCAGAAGAAACCCACCAUGUAUCCGGAAUGGAAGUCCACUUUUGACGCCCACAUUUACGAAGGACGCGUGAUUCAGAUUGUUCUCAUGAAAGCAGCAGAAGAGCCAUUAUCCGAAGUGACUGUAGGUGUGUCUGUCCUGGCAGAGCGCUGCAAGAAGGGCAGUGGCAAAGCAGAAUUCUGGCUUGACCUACAACCUCAGGGGAAGGUGCUGAUGGCUGUGCAGUAUUUUUUAGAAGAUGCAGGUAAUGUCAGCUGUUUGAUUUUUAUUUCCAGUUCUGUAAAACACAGGAUGUAGCUUACAAAAAAAAAA